AGCCGUUGUUGUCGGUCACGUCGUUUGAGGUAGAGGAGCCUCCUGCUAUUGUUAGUGUCUGGUUUAACACGGACGGAUACUCAGCUAAAUACCCAUCAGGCUACCUAAUCCACCGCUACCGGACGAGGAAUCGGAGCCGCCUCCUGUAUUGUUCAGUUUAGUAGUUCAGAAUAUGAGGAAGGCUCUUACCCAUGAGGCCGCUAAGGCCACUGCUGCUGGACGAGUCGGAGGAUCCAGAAUCGGAUGACCCAGAGCUGGACGAGCCAGACGAACCGGAGGAGCUAGAGGAAUCAGAACUGUCGGAACCACCUGCACUUGUCAACUAUAAGUUCGCAUAUCCGGGGAGGCGCUUACCCAUGAGGCCACUGAGUCCACUGAGUCCACCGAGUCCGCUGCCGGACGAAGAGUCGGAACCACCGCCUGCAUUCGUUAAGUACUAAUUCCGACAUUUGGGAGGACAGACUUACCAAAGAGGUCACUUAGGCCACUGAUGCCAGAUGGGCUACUAGCGCGGCCUGCGGUCUGUUAGCCCCCUGUCCAUAUUUCGACCGUGUUAACUUACCGGAGAGUGUUCCUGAGCUGCUAUCACUGUUUCCAGAAGAUCCCGGGAACAAGUUGGACAAAUCGAAGCCAUCGUCACC